CUUGAAGUUGUCUUUCUCUAAGCACGAAGAAAUGGCGCCAAAAAAAGGCACCAAAUCAUCCAAGUCGAAGGUGGCUUCUUCUAAAAUAAAAAACAUAAAGGAGAGCUCGAUCCAAAAAAAGAAUGCGUCAGAAAAGAAGCAAUUGAAAAGAGGAACUAAGCAAAAUGAGAAAGGAAAAGAGAAUAAAGGGAAAAAGGGAGUGCCGGCGCCUGAAGUCCCUGAACGAGAAUUAACAGAGGAGGAUUUUGCGAUGUUGGAUGAAAAUCCAACGUCACUGCAAUUUCUUACUAAUGUAAAGCCAGAAGAAUUGACAAAGAAGGUAGAGAAAGGUCCUCGUCCAGAAAUUUACGAUCAGAAACUUUCUAAAGAUGAUGACUUUGACAGUGAAGAGGAGUUCGAUUCGUAUGGCUCUGAUGAAGACAUUCCUAAUUACUCAAAUGAUUCUGAUCAAGAACAAGAUUAUGAGCUUCGUCCAAGAGCUAUUAGCUCAUGGAACAUGACUGACUCAAAUCGUUUGCCCAUUAAGACCAAAGAGGGGCUUUUGCAUGCAGUGAAGGAAGAUGCAACCCAAGCCGAAGGUAAUGGGAAAGAAGAAGAAGAAGAAGAAAAGGAAGAUUCUCCCGAGGGAGAAGGUCAAGGAGAAGAAAUAAAAGAGGAAGACCCUUCAAAAGAUACUUCGGUCGAAGAGCCUCAGCUUUCACCUAAGCAGCAAAUCCAGUUGGAUAAAGAAGUAUUGGCUUCUCUUGCUCAAAAACUAUUGGAAGAACCAGAAGAUUCUUUGCAUGUCUUCAAAAGUAUAUUCGAAAAGUUUCAAUCACCAUUAAUUACUAUCAAAAAAUUGAGUCUUCUGACUGCUCUUGCUGUUUUCCAGGACUUAAUCCCUGGUUACCGUAUCCGUCCUUUGUCAGAGGAAGAACAAAGCACAAAAUUAUCCAAAGAAGUUGCACAACGCUGGUCAUAUGAACAGACUUUUCUGAAAUAUUAUAUGCGAUUUAUCGAAAUUUUGGAAUCUAUCCUUAAAUCAUACGCUUCUCUAGAAAACGAUGUAGAAAAGUCUCUCUAUGAAGUCGCAGUGCGUUGUGUAUCUCGAUUAAUUGAACAUGUACCACACUUUAAUUAUCAUGAUAAACUAUUGACUUUGGCUGUUCAGCAAAUCAGUCACAAGUCUAAGAGAAAUAGCUUUGAUUUGUUUAUAAACAGUCUAACUGCUAUCCUUAAGGAAGAUAAUCUUGGACGUGUUUCUUUGGAUUGUGUUAAAUUGUUGUCAAAGAUGUUUAAACAUCGCAAUUAUGAUGUUCUUCCAGAGGUUUACGAUUUGUUCCUGCAUAUUCAAGUUCUUUCCGAUAUGGAAUUAAAGGAUAGCUCUGAAGAGCGAAGUAAAAUAAAAAAGAGAAAGCAGGAUCGUCCUCAUCUUAAUAAGAAAGCGAGGAAAACGCUGAAGGAAACAAAGGAGAUUGAAAAAGAAAUGAAGGAAGCAGAAGCGGUAAUAUCCGCUGAAGAUCGUGAACGAUACCAAAAUGAAGUGUUGAAAACUGUUUUCCUUACUUAUUUUAAGACAUUGCAGGCAAGAAGUAAAUUAUUGGGUAAUGCUUUAGAAGGUUUGGCUAGAUUAUCUCAUCUCAUAAAUGUCGAGUUCUUCGGGGAUUUAUUGCAGGUCCUGCGUGAACUUGUUUCAGAUGAUAAUAUGUUGUUAGCAGAAGGCAAACCGGCUGUUCAAAGUACGAGGGAAGCUCUCUUGACUGUUAGUACGGCUUUUGAAAUCGCAUCAGCACCAGGAGUCAAUAAGUUAAAUUUGGAUCUAGAUUUAAGCAUUUUUAUUCAACGACUUUACAGAUUAAUUCUUCCAUUUUCAUUGAACCCAGAUGCCGAUUUGUCAUACAAGGUGAAUCGACUUCGGGAUCCAGAUGCUCCUUCAAAGAAGAACGUUGUUAACGCUUCUACCCAAAUGGAGAUGUUAUUAAAGUGCUAUCAGUCCUUCUUUUUUAAGAGCAAGAGUGUCAGUUCCACUCGUCUUGCCGCAUUUUCAAAGAGAUUGGCUAUUUCUAGUUUGCAGCUCCCAGAGCAUUCCUCGACGGCUGCGAUCGCACUCCUUGCUCGACUGGUGUCGCGGUACACUAAGUUGCAUAGAAUGUUUACUUCUGAAGAGCAAAUCGGCGAUGGCAUUUAUCAGCCGUUCGUUGAGGACCCGGAACUAUGUAAGUCAUCAACUGCCAUGCUUUAUGAAACUUUUCUUCUGAAGAAUCAUUAUUCUCCUGCUAUUUCGCGAUCAGCAAAUAGCCUUUUUAAAUUGUCCACGGAAUGAAGUAAAAAAAUUUUUGGGUCUAGGUUGGUUAUAAAUUAAUUACGUACAAGUUUUGGAUAUUAUCGGUAACAGGGAAUAACAUAAUGGUUUUCUACAUAUAAGAGUUUUGGUACUCGUAUCAUCUCGUAUCUGUUUGUCGAGCUUGAGAAAAUAACAUGCUUUCAUGACUUCUCAAAGAUAUAGCUUGUUCUAAGAUAUCCUUUAUACCAUGUUAGCUUGUUCAAACAAAAAGUAACAAAGUAGAGCAGGGACUUACCAGUUUUGUGAUUAUACCAUGCAGUUUUCCACGAACUAACAAAGCUACAACGGUUAUUCCCAUUUCUCUAAACAUCUUAAGUAUCAGUACUGGUGGAGUACUAUGAUUCAGGGUAAAAGUAGCUGGAUACAAAUGAUCAGAGAGCGAAAACGUCAGAUCAAUCGAAGAUAAACUUUGUUCUUCAGGUUGCAAAGUGGAACUGACUUGUGUAAAUAGACCUUCAUUUAAAGGUGAAAUAUGUAGCAGCUCCCCUAAUUUCUCUCUAGAAAUAAGGCCGACAAAAAAUUCUGUUUGGUCUUGCACGACAGCUAUAUAAGGAUGAGUACUAUGUUUAAAUGCACAUUCCAUUUGAUGAAUAGUACAUCUGUCCAAAGGUAACUUGUAAAUUUUUUCACUCGGAGUCAUUGGAAGAUUCAAAUUAAACGAAGAGAUACUAUCGGCGUCUGAGAUAGGAAAGUAAGGGAUACUUUUAAAGUGUAACCAAGAAUCAUAAAUGGAAAAUGGAUUGACAAAGUUUGAGAUCCAUCUGCUGAGAAGGGUUGCAAGCAUGAGAGGUAAUACAACAGUAAAGGCACCCGUUAAUUCAUAGAUGAUAACCACCAGCGACACGGUAAGUCUAGUUGUUGAGCUUAGGAAAGCAGUUGCUCCGACGAUAGCAUAUACGGUAGAUCCUGCCAAGGAAGAAAAAUUGCUUCUUAGAAUGGUGCCGAUGCAUCUACCUAGACAAGCACCAAUUGCCAACGAAGGUACAAGGAUUCCACCUGGUAUUUGCAUUCCAUAAGUAAGGCCUGUCAAAAGCAACCCUACAGUCGCGGAAGCAAAAAGGACUAAAGAGGUAAUCCAUGGCGGAGCUUCACAUAAUAUAGAAGCAGACGAAGGAGAGCAGGAAUUCGAAACUUGAAAAAACAAAUCCGUCGGGUUGUAUAAGAUAUCGUAAUCAAACAAAGCUGGGAUUGAUACAAAACAAGUAAUCAGGCUUAGUAAAGCAACUAAACAUAUACUGAACCAUUUUGGAAAUGAAUCGUACUUUUUAAAAACUUUGAUAUUUAAGCGAACUAAAACUGAC